GCGAGGGCGGAGUUGUGUUUUUUCGGUGUUUGAUGCAGCGUGGUGAGUUGCAGGUGCGGAGGGACACGUUUCUCUGCUUUUCUGGCUGGAAGGACAGAACGCAGGAAAGGGAAGAGGGAUUGUGCUGAGGUUUUAUGCUGUCGUGCCCUCUGCAGCAGGCCUCAUCAGGAGUCUGUAAAGUGGCGUUUUGGUCGACGAGACGAUUGUGCUGUAACUAGUACUGGAGCGGUGAGCGCCGCUAGGGUUUUGCAGUUCCCCUGAAUAAUCUGAUUGGGAUACGCAAUGGUGACGCCUUCGGCGGCAUUGGGCAAUCGCACGCCGGAGCAGUUGAAGGUUACGGAAUUGCGUGACGAACUUCGGAAGCGUGGCAUCCAGGCCAAGGGCUUGAAGAAGGAGUUGGUGGAUCGGCUUGAAGAAGUACUAAGGCAGGAGGAAUUGCAGCAGCAUGAAGCACUUGAUGCUGUCGCUGCUGCAGCUGCUGUGGAUGCUGAGCAACCUGUUCCUGCAACUCCAGUUAAUAAAACACGUUCAGAGGGUCAUGUUGAUGAUGACAUUCAAGAGCGCAAUGAUGGUGCGGCUUCUGAACCUUUUAACGCUGGAGGAGUGGAUCACAAUGAACCUGCGGAAACUCAAGAAAACACAAUUCCGGCUUCUCAACCUCUGGCAGAAGAGUUUACGGAAUCUAAGCCACUGCCAGAUGCAUUAGUAGAAACCCAAGAAAGAGAUCCUGUAAUCCCAAGCAUUGCACUUCAUGAGGAAGCUGAAAAACCAGAUGCUGCGACUCAAAAUGUGACUGACAAGGCUGACCAAGUUGUCACUGCAUCGAUUCCGGACCAACCUGUGCCUGCGAAAGAGACCUUACCCGAGGAUCCUGCGUUAGAGGUCGCGGAGGUUGAAGCUGAGCCCGCUAAUGUUGUAUAUCCAGUAGAGAAAGAAAACGUCACUGCUGGUUUGAAAGAUUUGAACGAAAGCAAGGAAGAGCCUCAGGAAGUAAGAGAAGAGAAGUUUGAGACAACGAAGGAAUCAACACUGUCUGAAAGGUCUACGGCUGUAGUGCAAGCCGUGGAAGUAGAUGUGGAUGAAGUCAUGGGAGGGACAGAGGAAGUCUUCACUACUGCAGUUGAAAAGACUGUGACAACGACUGUGGAGGAACAGGUUGUUUCAGUUGCGCCUGAGGACCGAAACAAUACAAUUGUACUAGAGGAGCAAGUCAUUACAAUGAGCACCACAAUUGCUACCGGAGAUGAAUCGGCAGUUGAGAUCGUGGAAGAAAAAGUUACUACUUUUGAGAAGGUUGAGGGAAUUGUUACCUUGGUUGCCGAUGAUGAAGGUGUGAAGCCUGAUACGGAGGUCUCCAGGUCGUUGGAGGACAAGAGUGCCGAUAUUAUCGGCGAGGCGCCGAUGGAGGAUGCCAUAAAAGUGGCUGAGGAAGCGACGGUCGUAGAGAAUUCAAAAGAUGGGGCACCUAUGGAUGUCGAUGCGGAUGCCGAUGCCGUCAAAGUGUCGAAAAGAAAGCAGACUGAUGGGGAGAAUAAUGCUUUGGAUGCCACCAAGCGACGACGAUGGAAUUCAGCAAAAGGGGACAACAAUGUCUCAGGAAAGGAGACGCAACCUCUCGAGGUGCAGGAAGCGGCCCCUCCUUCAAAUGCUCCUGUUCCAUCUGCUGCAGCUCUUACUCCGAAGAGCAUCCCUUCGGAGAAAGUGGCCAUCACUAGAGCUCCCCCAACUAGAACAGAGACCUCAGGGAACGGUGAUAAUCGGAAAACCCGUGUUGUACCACCUAGUGCCAAGCCCGCCACAACGUCCUUGAAGAUUGACAAGUUCUUACGACCUUUCACUUUCAAGGCCGUCAAGGAGCUUCUGGCGCAAACAGGCACCGUGGAAGAUGUUUGGAUGGACCAGAUCAAAACCCACUGCUAUGUCACGUAUUCAUCUGUUGAGGAGGCCACAGCGACUCGCAAUGCAUUGUACAAUCUUCAGUGGCCUCCUCAGGGAGGGCGACUGUUAACAGCUGAAUUUGUCGAUCCAUCUGAGGUGAAGGUACGAAGCGAUGGUGAGAAAGCAGCUGCAGCUGCAGCCUCUACCCCAACUUCAGCAGCCCCUCCCGUAAAUGCUAUUACUCCUAGAGGAGGAACGUCGGCUAAUUCAAAGGCAUCGGCAGAUGGACCAGCUUCGCUUCCACAACCAUCUCUUCCAUUGCCUUCCAGGGAAAAGCCUAAGCAAGAGGUGGAGAGAACUCCUACCCUGGAUGAUCUUUUCAGGAAAACAAGAGCGAAGCCACAUAUUUAUUACCUUCCUUUGACCGCUAAAGAGGUUACGGACAAAGUAGCUAUCAAGAAUCGAGAAGCUGCCUCAAAGCCUACUGCUAAGACUUAGAUAGUUUUCGUUCAUGCACAAGUCAGACCUGCAAUUUGCAUCAGCGUCCCUGUGAGCUGGUAAGAAAUGCCUGAAUACCGUUUUACAUGUUAGUCCGGCAUAAUAUCAGGUCUGUCGGACUUGAGAACCAUCUGGUAAGUAUUUUAUUUUUCCAUGUGUCGUGUAGCUGGAUAGCAAUUACGUAAUUGCAGUUUGAUUUCACAGUUGUCAGCUAGUUCAUAGCCCCACGAGAAGUUAACUGUCAGUUUUUUCGACCCAGUCAUUGCUAGUCUCCUCUCAAUCUUCAGCCAAGUCCUCAGGGGCAUUCUUUGUGCCCUUUCGUCUCUGUUCUCUGUAUGCCCUAUUUUAGAGCUCGUAAAAACUGUCAAUGUUUGAUAGUCACACAAUUGUAGGCUGCUUUUAUUACCUUGCCUACUGAUUAGAAAGAGUUUUAGGGUGGGACUAAUCUCGUCUUUAGGAUGUGCAUACGUCAAACUGGUGUCUGUGGUAGAAGGGUUUUGUCUCUCAGGUGAACAAGCUACGACGCAGUUGGCACUUCGUUUGGGAUUGCCUUAUGUCACGCCAGUUUCAAAUGCGUCUACGACCAACCUUGCGACAUAUCCAGUGUGAUAGGACCCAUAGCGUACUCGACUUUUGGAGGAUAUCUUUUGGUGCAAUUUUCUUGAAGGCUUCAUUAGCAGCCGAGGGUAGUUACAGGUUCUGAAGUAUUGCUUCAUAAAGUGUGCUCAUUAGUCACAGAGUUGUACAUUCAUGCUUCUGUGGCACUUCAAAUUUUAUCCUAUUUUCCUACCAGUUCUUUAUGUGAUUGUUUCUUUGUCGCGACUGAAGUUGCUAGACAAAUGAAUCCGACAAAUUUUCCAGAA